UUUUCUUGCUCAGAUUUUUCUUCGACAAGAUGCUCGUUGGCUUGCUUUUGCGACAAGGAGGUGUCCUCCAUGGUGUCAUUGUAGGGUUCAGGGUGAAUACACCGAGAUUAAAUAUCUUCUAAUAAGAUGUCUGGUUACACGCCGGACGAGAGGCUCCGCAUUGAGCAGAUCACAAAGCUCAGAAGGCAAUGGCUGAAGGACCAGGAACUCAGUCCUAGAGAACCCGUCAUCAAGCCACAGGCUCCGGGCGCCAUAGCUAAAUUCUGGGCUGGCUUUCUGGAACCCAAGAGUCUGUGGAGGCAAUACACCUACAAGGCAUACCGAGGUGGAGUAUUUGGAUUGACACGGGUGUUGAUACCAGCGUGGAUCGUUCACUAUUGUGUCAAGUACCACAUGGCUAACCUGCCAUAUGGUAUUGUGGAGGUGAAACCCAAGUUGUUUCCCGGGGAUGUCAUUUUGGAGACGGGCGAAGUUGUUCCCGAUCUACCCAUGACCCACGGUCACCACUAAUGCACACAGUUAAAAUGUUUCUAUAAAGUCAUUGUAAAAAAAUAACCUAUAUAUGUUAUUAAAACAUUUCCAAUCAUAAUGACCGGUUUCUCCUUUAUUAUUAAUAAAUUACCCAUGGACUCAAAGUCUAAGAAGUAGGCUGUGCAUAUCCACAUCAAGGUCAAGCCUGUCUGUAUUAAAAUGCAAUAUCCUUACUGUCAUUAUUAUAGGGCCACAUUAUCCGCUAAUGCCCUUCUGCUACCAACCCUCUUUAGUAUUUGUAUAAAAAGUUUUUUAUUGUCAAAUAAAAUAAUCUGAAAGAUC